AUGGAGCUCCCAGCCCCAGCAACUCCCAGCUCCAGCCGCUCCUCAGUGCUCCGCUUCUUCCGCAGCCUAGUAGGGAGCAAAAGUAGUCACCAGGUGCCUGAACAAGCCCUGGUCUUGGGCAGGGGCCAGGAACAGGAUGUCAUCCCACUAAUGGGAACAGAAGAUUCCUCAGGGCCUGGCCGGGAAGAGCUGGUCCUUCGGGCCAAGAUGUCUCAUGCCCUCCACCUGCCAGGACCCAAGGGAUCUCCUCAGCAGAUGGACAUAGCAGGCUUGGGGAUGGGGGACUCUGGCGUCCAUGCCCCAUCUGUGCUCCAAGAGGAAGGAAUCCGGGGCCCUGAGGGGAAGCUGGCACUAGCAGUUGGUGGGCAAGACCUACCCAUUGACCAAUUGGAGAAAGAGGAAGAGGAAGUACCUGGAGAAGCCUCAGGAGAUAUGAGGAAUGUGGGCAGGGGGCAUUUUGCCCAGGCCAUGUUCGGGGAAGAUGAAAGCCUCCCCAUGGCCAUGGGGUCCCUGGAGAUCAGCCCAGAAGCCUUCACAGCAGAAGAGGAGAAGGAGUGUCUACUCCAGAAAGACUUCAGACUGGGCUCAGCAAAAGCUGAGAGAACCCCAUGGAACCGACUCCUUAACAUGUACAAGCAGCUUCGGAAGCCAGCAACAGCUAAGGAAAGCCUGACCCAUCAGGAAAAUGAGGAGGACAUAGAAGUUGUGGAGGAAGAAGGCGGUGAGAAAGAAGAGGACAGUUCUUUCAGUCUCAGCGUCCAUGGUUUUGCUACUAUUCAGUCUCCUUUACACAAGACUUUCAAAUCUACCGACACAGUGGGCUUUGUAGAGAAUGAGCUGAAGAAGGUGCUGGCAGUUCAGAGGGAGUCUCGGCUCUGGAAGACAGGUGGUCAGGAAGGUCGAGAGCUUCUGACUAGGCCUGAGAUCACCUUGGAAGAGGCAGGCAUUGUGGAUGGCCAGCACCUGCUCCUGGAAGAAACGGAUGAAAUGGGAAAUUGGCCCCCAGACUGAGACCUGGUCAUGGUUCCCACUGAGUCUGCUCUCU